AUGCCAGAUGGAAAACCCAUACCUAUCAUUGUAUGGAAUGGCAACAUCAUCCAAGAUCCGUCGUCACUACAAAGAUUAUUUGAGGAGCAGAUGCCGAAAUCAUACUAUAAAGUUCAAGACUAUGACUGCCAUGUGUUGAAUCCUAAUUAUGACGGAGAGGCUCUGCAAGGUGGGCAAACGACGACGGGAAAGAAUAUGAGCAUUCUGGUGACAGUCUCUGGAUCUGUCAAAUAUGGAGAUGAGACCACUCCACGGGGCUUCAGCGAAUCCUUCGUUCUAGUGCCCAAUCUAAACAACGCAGAUCACGGAGAGAAGAAGGCAAGACAGUGGCUCAUACAAAGCCAGAACUUCAGACUGGUGGUUUGA